CCCACAUCCGUCUAAAGCAGCUAGCAUAAUCAUCCACCCGCCCACUCCGCUGCCGAUCGGUUUGGCAUUGGCAAGGAGAAAGUUGCGUCGGUGUGUGGUGUGUGUUUGUCGAUCGCGAACUGCGAACCGUAAUGAGCAAGAGCCCAAACUGGGGCCGUCUCCCUGCCCUUGCGAUAACGAACGUGUUCAACUAUCUGGACCACCAGGAUCGGCUGAACGCGUCGACGGUAUGCUGGCACUGGCGGUCGGUCAUUUUUCAACCCAGGUUUUUCAACCGCAUCCAGUUUGAUGUUGCACGGGAGCACAACAAAAAGAAUGGUUUCUUUUUGCAAAAGCUUGCUCACAUCGUGCGGGAAGUGAAGAUUUCGUUCGACUCCUGCAACCUCUACGAUGUUGAGCUAACGACAGAAAUUCUAUACAAGCUCAGCAAAAGCGCACGGUUGCUUAGCCUGACGAUCUUGCCGAAGUAUGCCACACUGGUUACGCCGGGUCGCUUCUACUCCGAGGAAGAAUGGAACUACAUUCUCAAACUUUUUGUUCAACCCCUGAAGGCUCUGCUCAAUCGCAGCAACCCUCCGCUUCGUGUGCUCGAUUUGGGUUGCUCCGAAAUUCUUGCCCUCCAUGCAUCCGACUUCCUAACCUGCACUGCCAAACCACAGUACUUGGAAGAGCUUGGAUUGGCCACCGUUAAGCAGGAUCCAGGGCACUAUCCGCUCGGAUUGGUUGAACCGACGUUGUUCGAAAAGUGCAGCUCCCUGCGCGUGCUAUCGCUCGACUAUGACAUCCUGUGCGACGAGCUUCUGCACACGCUGCAGUUACUGCCGCUGCGGCAACUGAUCGUGCAUGUUCAUGGAAUCGAUGAAGAUCAUCCAGAAGUGUCGGAGGCGGCAUGGGCCAGCUUCCGGAGCAGGAAUCCGCAAGCAGAGCUCCACCUAACGCUGGUUUGCGCGUAUGAAGCGGUCGACAUCCUGCACAGCCACAUCCUGCGCCCAUCGAUGCCACUUUCCCAUCUGAAGGUGCUGUUCUGUGAACGAAUCAAUUGUGAAGCAUUGGAAUAUCUGUCCCGUCACUACAAGGAGACGCUCACGAGCAUGGUGUGGAUCGAUUCAAUGCGUAUCGAAGAGUACCGCAAUGUGAUGGAAAUGGUGCUCCGCACCGAGCAGGACCCACUGGUGAUGAUGGCCUGGCGAUGUAAGAAGCUGCAAGAAAUCGUCAUCCACGGUUAUGUGCUUGAUCCACACAAUCUGGUCGGUGUGUCCCGCUUGCGGGGCCGUGAGCUACGCCUGCUCGAGGUAUCCCGCGUUGAUUUGUCGAUCUCUUCCGUCAUGAUGGCACCGUUUAUCGAGGAAAUAAGCACACAACUGGGUAAGAAGUGGUGUCCGCUCGAUGCGAAAACACUUCCGCCUGCGCUCGGGUUCUAUCCCGUGUCGGAUGAGGUACGUGAUCAGUACAUUUUGAAGUUUAUUCGUAAGGAUAUUAUGCAUUAAUACGGGGCCCCCUAAUACCCAAUACGGGACGACAAGUCCUCUCUCUCAGCAAUUCUAUUGUUCCCUUAAUUCGCUGCAUCGACCCUGUUGGUUUGUUUGAUUGUAAAAGUCUGGAGCGAUAGAAAAUCACGCUCAGAGCAACAGGUUAAACAAGGUUAAAACAUUACAAAAAGGUUUGAAAUCAGCCUAGCAAAAAAGGCCUUGCCCAACCGCAACGUCAACAAUGAACACAGGGGUAGCUUGUAGCGUUAAAUUAAACUUCCCUCUCGUGCUUCGGAACACAUUUUUGCUGUAUUUUCUUUGUUAAUCAACAAGGCACCAAAUAACAAACGGAAAUCGGCACAAGAAGCGCAUCAAGAAACAGGCUUUGAAAGAGAGAAUGAAGCAGCUAUCUGCGAAAAGGGCAAUAAGAAUGAGUGUGUUUUGUGUACUCUUGCACAUACGAAAGGCUUAUCUACCCCUUUAUGCAAACACAAUUCACACGUAUAUUGUUUAGUUUAGUAUAAUCAACCCACAAGAACGUAGAAUGAAGAUCAGAUUAUUUAUAAAAUAUAUAUUUUUACAAGAAGAAGAGAAUAAGAGCAGGGCCAUGUAGAAGAAGCAGUUAUAAUCGAAGGCAUAACAUACGUCGGAAAAGAACGAUCAACUCUAUUCCACUGCAGUUCGGAACAACCUAUUAGCGGGCGUCGGGACACAAACCGGGAGCAUUAAUUAGUCUCGAGAAGCUUCACAUUAUUGGGCUCACCAGCAGCUCAGCGAUGGUUAGCAAAGGAAAAUUGGCCAUUGAGAGGGCAAAACAAAGUCUCAGAGAAAGAACACAAAAUGCAAUCAAUCUGUGAUGGUAAUUACCACGUUUGUUUUUUUUUGUAUUAGACAUAAUUUUCUAUUUUUGACAGUUUGAAUAGUUAGACGUUUUUCGUUGUCACCAUAUUCGUUACAAGAACUGUAUUGUUUGAUCGUUACAAAAUUGAGUACCAUUUUUACUACUCUUUAGAAUUAAUUGGUUGAAAACAAAAUCCAACCAUAGUUUAGCUAAUGCAGAAAUCCAACUCUUCAUCUGCAAACGGACUGCGAUGGGGAUGAAGGGCACCACGACAUGACGACUCAGCAAACACCAUGAGUCCUUGCGGGGUGCUAAAUUUGCCACACCACCAUAAAGAAGACUAAUGCAAUGAACUUAUUUAUAUUCCAUCUAUAAUUUGUGCGUAAGCAAAAGAUGGUUUUUUCUUUUGCUAAUGAUGCUACUACCAUGAGGCAACACUUGAGGGAAACCCGCAGGAAACGAAAGCCUUCGAACCUAGCACGAAUCGUUGAACAACAAACUCAUCGACAAAAGCGGAGCAUGUCGAGUCGGUACAAAAUAUGAUCGCAGAAAGUGCUUUGAGCAAAACUAACCCUAGUCACCCCAAAAGCACUGGUACGACGGGCACAAAAAGUACUGUCCCAACGCGAGAACAAUGCCUCUGGGCAUCAGUAUUCAUCACCAGAAGGGACGAAGAAAGUGUCGUUUUAUGCAACAAAGUCCGAGGAUCGUACACCACACAGAAAAUCUUGAUCGGCUGAGAUCUAUGCGAGCAGUUUUACUUAUGUCAUAGUGAGAGACAGAAACACUAGCACAAAAAACGAGAAAUAUCACAAACCGUCCCUUCCAAGCUAUAAAGCGAUAAUGAUCAGACAAAUAUAUACAAAAACGGAUAUGAUGAGUAAAUCAACCAAGAAACAAAGAUAGAGAGGCAGUUUGUCGUAGAAACGAAGGAGUACGAGACAACAAAGGCAAAAGAACCAUUGUUCGAUACAAACAAAACAAUUAGUAACAAACACUGUUUAAACGAUGAAUAGCAAAACCUGUACUUAUCAAUACACGAUCAAUAUCUCAGAAGAAAUGCUCACCCAAAAUGACAGGAAAUAGAUUUUUUUAAUUAUAAGAAGGGAACAAAAUACUGUCAGUUAUAACAAAGCGUGCCUAUUGAAGAAAAACAGAAAACAAUGAAAACAACAAGUGCAUAAUUCCAAUUUCAUUAAAAAAAGUAUAUGGAACAACCAACCAGGGAUGGAUCAAGACAACUCUAUUGAACCAAAUUGAAUGGCGAACACGGGUUAGUUCGCGUGGACAAAAAACUUAAACCAGAACCACGACAACCGGGUAAGGGUGAUCGAUUCCGACGAUGGCAGUCGACAAGUACGGUUGAACGAAGUGCUAACGGGCAAACAAAAGUCAACUAUUGUAGCAACAUCACUAUUUGUGCGGGGGGCAAAGAUAAAGAGUUCGCAUUAUACAACAAAAAGAUGUAUUCAAUCUGGCAUAGUGUGUAGCGCAAGAAAGAAGAGCAUUCAAACAACAAACAAAGCAACAAACAAUUCCUUAAUAUAAAAAAGAAACUUACAUCUGUGAUACUAUCGAAAAAGUGUAUGAUGAGUCCAACCUGCAGCCAGAACAAACGUGUUGCACGAACGAUAUUUUAUCCAACGCAAAGCAUAACUGAGGCGAUCGAGAGAACUACGAGAUGUGAAACAACACAGAAAACUCGAACGAUAUAAAAGCAAACAUGAGACUUAACGCUAAUCAGAAGUACCAUAAUCAACUUCGAAAGAACUGAGCCAAAAAUAAGAAAUAUUUAUAAAACGAACCGAUCCCGACGAUAUCAAGCAGUAGAAGCAGUAAUGGGGAGGACAAUCACGGAGAACACGACAUUGUCCUGAACGCGAGUAUCACGUCGCCAACCGCGUUCCGCCGUAGAGAGCAUGUUCGUCAAAGAAACACGAAAACCAAACGACCUCAACUCAGCCGUGUUAACAGCCCGGAGGUGUAGGAAUCGGUGUUGCAUUAGGUAGGAGGUUAAUCUAACCCGACAGCACCACAGCAAAUGGACGGAACGCUGCCCCGACGAAUGCCACGAACCAAUCGGAUAAUCGGCAAGGAUGAUAGGCCAGACCAUCCAUCAUCUGUUUUUGCUACAAACGGAUCCAAGGACAGCCCGCUAUAGUUGCGCGUGUGUGUUUUUUGGCUUGUUAAGAUAAGGAGUAGAAAGAUGAUGCUUAACCUUUUCGCCAGUCAGAUACAUAUACAUUUUUUUUCGUUUUGCAUAGUUCCGUGUUACGACUUUCCAAUCAGUUGAAAUGUGGCACUUAAUGAAAACGGCUGACCUAUGGUAGUUGUUUUGGUUUUGAAAGCAAUUGAUCAAAAAUCUAUUGCCAAUUCGAAGAAUUAUAGACAAAAAACACAUAAAUCGGAUGGAGAAGAGGUUAAACUAAACAAUUAUAUAUAUACAUAUAUAAAUGUGUGUGUGUGUGAGUUUUCUACAAAGUAUAAAUUGGUAGAUGUUUCAACACUAUUUCAAUAUGCAAGUACAGUAUAGAAAUAUGAUUCAAUAGCAAAAGUAUUGAAAUACCUUUCCAGUAGAACUUCCAAUGGAACCAUCUAAAGGCGCAUACUACAAGAAACGAUUAAACUUUGGUGAAAUAUUAUCCCUUUUUAGCCUUCGCCAUGCUAUAUCAACCAGCAGAAGCAGUUAAUCUAUAGCGCCCAGAGGAUGUGCUUGAAAACAUGAAACGAUUUGAAUUUGUUCAAUAGGUAUCCACUCAAACGCGUAAAACGUAAGUGCCUGUUUUCCAAAAGUAUCUUUCGCACCAACAAACAACUGAUGUGCACGUGUUUUGCAGUUAAAUGGGGGAAAAAUGCACCAUAACAUCUAGGUUUUCGAUUUCUUUUCUUUAAACAAAAUUUGCUUAAAUAAUCCACUUAUCUCCUACAAUUGUCGUCGGGUGAACAGUGUCUAGAAAGUGAACACUUGAACGGGGAAAAGAAAUGUGUAAAAUGCUUAAAGAAAACAUGCAGCACAUAAAAUCAAAGACAUUCAAACACCAACAGAACCGUGUUGUUCGCCAAAUACAAAUGUACCAAACAGUGUACAUGGAGCAGUGAGAUUAAGAAUUAAAAUCAUAAGAAGUUCGUCGCAGGUAAUGGAUAAGAAGAACGGCUUACGAAAUGAAACCAUUCGACGAGGCGAACAAAGAAUAUUCACAAUUCCAUUCAAAUAGCAACAUUGAGUAAUAUGGGAAACGAUAGCAUCGUUUAAUUGUUUGAAGAGAAAAUUCAUUGAUUUAAAAAUAUCCAUUUCCCUGGUUUAGUGAAUAUCCUAGCGCGUUCCCAUUUGAAUACGUUUUGUACACGUAAGCUACGUAUGGAUUGUGUGCUGUGAACUGACGAAAAAGUGGCUAUUGGUUCAAGUGCAGUAAAGUGCAUGGAAACAUCGCCCCAAGGCCACCAAAAACAUUGUGGCCAAGCUAAAUAAACCGAACCAACAACGAACUAGCCGUUUUAUGAAGUUACAAAAGACCAUAAACGAAGAACAAAACAGAGCCCUCCGUUAUUCAAAUAAGGUCCAGGGUUGACAAUAACAUUCACAGCAGAAAAGUAAUCUUUUAUUUGGAGCAAACACUGAUCUUCUCAGCAAACCAAAAACAUUCCAAUAAAGCAAAGAUAGAAGCAACAAAAACAUUACAAAUCAUGUGUAACAAACAACUUAAACAGUGAUCGACGAACGAAUGAGAUGGCGAAACAAUGUUGUAAAGUACACCGAGAAAAUACACUGAAGAGUUGAAGAAAACUGUGAAACUCCACUGAAUGAAUAUAGAUCGAUUUAACGAAACAGCCUCCGUUUCAAUACUGUGUAUGAGUGUAACAACAACAAUACGUUAUUAAACUAAACUAUAAAAUAGCACAAAUCAUGCAUAUUUUGAGGAAAGAAGAAAACGCCCAUGGACAAAGUGAAGACGGUUGUGAUAAUGUCUCGGACGUAUGGCGAACAAAGCGCUGACGAACAAGUUGCUAGAAAUAUCAGUAAUUUAUGGCAAACAUCAAUACGAAAGUAACGCACUAUUUAUCAGGAAAGCAAGAAACGCAAUUCUUGGAGGGUAAAGAUUGAAAUCCAUAACAUCUGUGAUAAACCAAGGAACGCGAUGAGCGAAGUAAUUCAAACAUGACGAACAUAACAAACAAACGAAUUGUAGAACCUAAUGUAUGAAAGGAUGCUGGAGUGCGUUUGAAAUUAAGAUGAAAUGAAACUGCAAUCGACAAAGAAAAGCGAGUUGUAGUGCAAGAAGCCAAGCCAUCGAACAUUGCUGUACAUGUUUUGUAGAAUUUUCUCAUGUUUUGUUUGAAAGAAGCAUUCUUUUGAAGGAAACCAGGCGUUAGAUACACGCAAGAGUAGGUGACUGCCUGCGCAUUUUCUUUGCAAAAGAUGUUCUCGAGGACAUCGAUCUUCAGGAGAUCCGAUGAUCUGUUUCGGCUAUCAUGUAACAAGCAAUCAACAAGUGGGCGCUCGAAACGAAAGUUGGAAACAAAAAUUAAAAAUCUGCUCGAAAAUAUCGAUAAUCCAGCAAAGGUUUAAGCAGGAACAGAACUAACUGUAGCAACAACACGAAAAUUAACGCAAAAAAUCGCGAUCAACUUAAGUGGCUAAGGUAAUAAGUAUUGAAGACCUAUCCUAUCCAGCAGAGAAAUUCAUACUCGAAUCCAAAAACGCCUAUCACCAACAAUAAAUUCUAACGAAAAGAAGGUUUAGAACGUUAUUGUUAAAAGUUCAGAACGCAACAAAUAGCGCUAUGGAAAAUUUCAGAACAAAACCAGGCACGCGGCCAAAUCGAUCAUCGCAGCUUCCAAACAAAAUAGUUCCCGUCAAGCAGACGUAAGAUCUGUUAAACUUCUAUCUCACACACAAAGAAAAACGAACAACUCACGAAGCUGUGUUUAGCUCCAUUGUAGUGUAACACCUUCUCAGUAUGACGAUCGAAGGUUUAUAAUUGAAAUAAUUGUGUCAGCAACCAGCCACGAAGCUCAUUGGGAACAGCUCAACACCAAACGAAACCUAAAGUAGGUCCAACAACGAUCCCAAAUGACGAUCGUAUAAUGGAUUGGUUCUUUUUUAAAUGUCCAAUAGACUCCCUGAGCAACUGUACUCCUAAACCGAUAGUUUGAGUUUUCGUUGCAAAUAUGGCGUACGAGCGUUCACGGCCAUUAUAUUGAAUACAGCGUCAAAUACUAUACCACAAUUCUAUCGCAUGAAGUUUCGGGCAUUGACUUCGAUGAAUAAAUUGAGCUCCAAAAUAAAACUUAGCGAAUA